UUAUAUGUGAGUGACUGACAAAGAUUGUAAUUGUCGCCAUAGGAGUGGUUUGCAUCUUCAGGAGUUUCAUUUUCUGUUGAAACGACUCCGUUGUGGGAAAGAACGGAAUUUCCUUUUCAAAGUGAAUGGUGUUUACAUGGACUAACGAUUAACUAAUAUGGCCUGUAGAAGAGAAGGAACUCAAGAACAGCUUCUCUCUAAUAUCAUUUCAACUAUGAAUUCUAAUAAGUCUCCGGCAUGUGCCAGUCAAGCUCAUAGAAUAUGUAUGGUGUCUGACUUUUUUUAUCCAAACAUGGGUGGAGUGGAAAGCCAUAUUUACCAGUUAUCACAGUGCUUAAUUGAAAGAGGACACAAAGUUAUUGUAGUCACCCAUGCUUAUGAUGAUCGCAAAGGUAUUCGAUAUCUCACCAAUGGACUGAAAGUCUACUAUUUACCAUUAAGAGUUAUGUACAACCAAUCUACAGCCACUACUCUUUUUCACAGUCUGCCUCUGCUCAGGUACAUAUUUAUUCGAGAAAGAAUCACCAUUGUCCAUGCACAUAGUUCAUUUUCUUCUAUGGCUCAUGAUGCACUAUUUCAUGCUAAGACAAUGCAGCUACGGACAAUUUUUACAGAUCAUUCACUUUUUGGAUUUGCUGAUGUCAGUUCGGUGCUUACAAAUAAACUCUUGACUGUAUCACUAUGUGAUACAAACCACAUAGUAUGUGUUUCUUACACAAGCAAAGAGAAUACUGUAUUAAGAGCAGCACUUAAUCCAGAAAUAGUUUCUGUCAUCCCUAAUGCUGUUGAUCCUACUGACUUCACUCCAGAUGCAUCUAGACGUGACAACAACACAAUAACUGUUGUUGUGGUUAGCAGACUUGUAUAUAGAAAAGGUAUUGAUUUACUUAGUGGUAUAAUUCCUGAGCUAUGUCAGAAGUAUCCAGAUUUACAUUUUUUAGUUGGAGGAGAAGGACCGAAAAGAAUUGUAUUAGAAGAAGUACGGGAAAGAUAUCAACUACACGAGAGAGUUCGUCUUCUAGGAGCCUUAGAACACCAGGAAGUUAGAAAUGUCUUGGUGCAAGGUCAUAUUUUUCUUAAUACAUCUCUCACAGAAGCAUUUUGUAUGGCAAUUGUGGAAGCUGCCAGUUGUGGUUUACAGGUGGUUAGCACAAGAGUUGGUGGGAUUCCUGAAGUACUUCCAGAUGAUUUUAUAAUCUUGUGUGAACCUUCAGUGAAAUCCCUCUGUAUUGGAUUGGAAAAGGCUAUUGGCCAACUGAAGUCAGGAUCAUUGUUGCCUCCAGAAAUUAUGCAUGAUAAAGUUAGAACAUUCUACACUUGGAGAAAUGUUGCAAAAAGAACUGAAAAAGUGUACAACAGAGUGGCAAAUGAAACUGUAUUGUCAAUGGGCAAACGACUUGAGAGACUUAUCACUCAUUGUGGCCCAGUGACUGGUUGCAUUUUUGCUCUUUUGGCUAUGCUCAGCUUUCUUUUUCUGAUAUUUCUGAAAUGGCUGAUACCUGAUGAUUUUGUUGAUACUGCAGUAGAUGCCACAGGCCUAAAGGGAGCAUGGACUAGAAAAUAUUUCCACAAUAAAAAUAAAAAAGAAAAUACUACAAACUCCUAAAGGUGCUAGAAGUGGAAAAAAAAACUUUCAUUCCCUUACUUGUCUUACACUAUUAUGGAUUUGCUAUUAAAUUUACAUUUAUCAAGCAAAACUGCUUAUAUGUCAUUGGACAGCUUUCAGUAAUGAAUGGAAAGAAACUAAAGCGAAGUUCUACCUCAGCAUUAAUCUAAACUGGUUUAGGAGAGACAUUUUCCCAAGAUAUGCUGCAAAAUCUGUUCACAUUUAUUUCAGCUUGAAAUAUUUUAUAAAUAC